AUGCCCUUCGGGCUUACCAACGCGCUGGCGACGUUCCCGAGAGCCAUGGAUAUACUGCUCUCUCCGUUCCGAUGGAAGUCGUGUCUGGUGUAUUUGGAUGAUAUCAUCAUUUUCAGCAACUUCUUGGGACUUUGCAAUGUGUACCGUCGGUUUGUCCCACAUUACGCGAAAAUCGCGCAUCCGCUCAAUCAACCACUGAAGAAGGGACAACCGGUCCAGUUGGAAGGAUUCGACGAACUGUGUAAGAAAGCUUUUCAUAAGCUGAAGGAGGCCAUCUUGGCACCACCGGUGCAGGCACUGCCAAAGAAGGACCUUCCAUAUUCGGUGGAUACCGACGCAAGUGAUUAUCAAAUCGGAGCUGCAUUAUUUCUAACGUAUCCGGAUGCACAACGAAAACGCAUCGGGAAUUAUUCUGUAUCAGAGAAGGAAUGUUUGGCGGUUAUUGGGGCCGUCCAAACUCUAAGACCAUAUCUAUACGGCGAGCACUUUAUCGUGCAUACCGACCACGCCUCGUUGAGGUGGUUGAUGAACGUAACUGACCCAAGUGGGAGAUUAAUCCGAUGGAGGCUACGCCUCUCGGAAUUCGACUUCGAAAUCAAGUACAAGAAAGGAAAGGCAAACAGCCAGGCAGAUGCCUUGUCAAGGCUGUUAACGCAAGGAGGAACCGUCGACGAAAUCAGCGAUGAAAUCCCAUUGGAAUUCGAAGGAACUCUAUGCCGUACUGCGGCAGAGUUUGUACAAGUGGUGAUACCGCAAUCGUUAAGGGACCGCAUCCUAGGGCUGAGCCAUUACGCAAAAUUAGCAGGCCACCCUGGAGACAGGAAACUGUACAAGACAUUAAGAAGAUAUUUUUAUUGGCCUACAAUGGCACUAGACUGCUACGCAGCUGCGAAGAAUUCCGCCGAAUGCGCACGAGAAAGGGUGAAGUUGAGAAGGAACACGAAGGAAAUGAAGUUGUUCACACCCAAUGCUCCGCUGGAGUUUGUCGCUAUCGACAUACUCGAAGAGUUAAUUACCACAAAGCGAGGAAAUGGAUAUAUCCUCGUGAUCAGCGAUCGAUACUCAAAAUUGGUACGAACUGUACCACUCAAGAAAAUUACCGCUGUGCAUAUAGCGCAAGCGUUCGUACAUCUUUGGGUAUUCAUAUAUGGACCGCCGAUCAAGCUGCUGUCCGACAACGAUACGCAGUUCACGCCACCGUUCUUUCAGAACAUUUGUCGGAUUUUGGGAAUACGCAACGUCUUUACGACGACAUAUCAUCCGCAGGCCAACGGCCAAGUUGAGAGGUUCAAUCGUACGCUGACUUCCGCGUUGCGAUAG